AUGGAUACCAAAACUAAGACUAAAUCCAAGAAUCACUUCAAGUCUAAAAAGAGACCAAAAAUGAAUCAAAAGAAAGUGAAAUCAAAACCAAAGCCCAAGAAAGAAGUGGAAGAAUCGAUGAGUGGUUCCGACGCUGAAGAAUCGGAUAAUGAGUUAAAUGACAGACAAUUGAGUGAUGGAAGCGUUGGAAGCGAUGAUGAAUUUGAUUCGAUUGUCGACCACAAGAAGUCUUUGCAGAAUCUGAAAGAGACAGACAAAGAGUUUUAUGAUUUUUUACAACAAAAUGACAAACAUUUACUGGAUUUUGGCGAAGACGAGGACUUGGAUGACGACGAAGAAGACAAUGAUUUGGACGCAGAAGAGGACGGAUCAGAUGUGUUGAGUAAGAUAUCAGUGAAACAAUUGGAUGAAUGGAGUGAGAAAUUGGAUCAGAAGGCGGACAUCGAGACAAUCAAAUCAAUAGUUAAAUGGUUUCGAAAAGCAGUCAAUCAAACGACUGGUGAAAGCGAUGACAAGAUAUUGAGCGCCGAAGUCUUCAAUGGGAUCAUCAAUAUAUGUCUCAUCGACUUAUUGCCAGCGAUUCACAAGUUCUUGAAAUUACCACAAAUUGGAUCAACCGAGUGGUCAAAUGAGGGCAAAGUAAUGGAUCCGACAAAGUCUCGGAACUGGAAGAAAGUGAUAGCAAUUAUGAAAUGCUAUUUAACGGAUGUCAUCAAAAUGGUUGGCGGAGUCUCUGAUCCCUCACUCAAGUCAACACUUUUAAGACAUAUUCUUCAUUUGAUUCCAUUUCUCAUAACUUUUCCACAUUUAAUAAAACGAGUCCUCAAACAGACAAUUGUCUUGUGGGCCGAAAGCGAUGAGAAGAAUCGUAUCCUUGCAUUCAUUUGUAUCAUCCGAUUAGUCCGAACUCAAGAACAACCAAUGAUUAGUUUUAUUUUAAAGAAAUUAUACAUUUCUUAUGUAAAGAACUCAAAAUUCAUGUCAGAAUCAAAGCAAUCGAUGAUUAAUUUUAUGAAACACUCGUUGGUUGAGUUGUACUCUUUGGACCAAAUGGUUGCAUAUCAGCACUCGUUUAUCUUUAUAAGACAAUUAGCCAUUAAUUUAAGGACUGCAAUGACUGUCAAAAAGAAAGAAUCCUACAAAAGUGUGUACAACUGGCAGUUUCUUAAUUCAAUCUUAUUAUGGACUCAAUUACUGUGUUCUCAUAACACUGUCGAUGAACUCAAACCUCUUAUCUCUCCAUUGGUUAACGUGAUUAUUGGAACCAUUCGACUUAUACCGUCCGCCAAAUACCUUCCGAUGAGAUUUCAUUUGAUUAAAGCAUUGAUUAGACUAUCAGAAGAGACGAAUACAUUCAUCCCUGUCUUGUCUUUUAUAACACAAGUUUUCGAUAACUUCAAUAAAAUGAAGAAAAAUAAGUCGAAAAAUGAGGAAAAGAAAGAGAUUAAUAUCGAUGUAUUGAUUAAGAUCUCAAAUUGGGAUACAAAUGAUUUUGAAAUGAGAGACUCAGCUGUUAAUAAAGUCUAUGAUUUGAUUUUGCAUUAUUUGUCCACUCAAUCACAUCGGAUAGCAUUCCCCGAA